GCCCCACCAAGAAACAAACGUACUCCCUUCAAGAGGAUCUCAAUUCACUUAUGUUUUGCAAUCAAAAAUCUGGCAAUGAUAAUAAUACAUCUGUCCCUUGAUAAAUCCUAACACCUUCGUACCUGCUGACUGUACAUAAUCCUUCAUCCCAAUCCCCCACUCCAUAAGCACCAGCCUCAUUUCAGUCGCCUGCCUGCAGCACUCCCAGAAAUCACCACGGUAUUGAUAUAAAACAAUCUCUCUCACCAAACUAAAACUCUCAAAUGCCAUUCCCGCAACCAGAUUAUUUGAUCUGAAAACGCAAGAACGAAAGCGAUAAUCCUCUCCUCCUCCAAUCCAUCCAACUCUCGUCACUCCACACAGCUGCGCCACUCACCACCCAGCAUGCCAACCUACCUCCUCGAAAUCGAUCUCUCCGCCGAAAACACCAUUGAACACUUUACCCAACUUAUCAAAACCCUCUCCACCACUCCACCUGAUUCGGACACCUCUUCCGAAUUAUCAGAAGCUGAUUCCGUAGGUUUUACGCACGAUACCGUAGAAAGUGGAAUUCUUGUUAUCCAUUCCCACACUCUAGCAACCCUCACCAAGAUCCUAGAACCCCACCUCCCGUACUUCCCCAUCGCGCCGAAAAUUACUCAGACGUCUGAGAAGGGAGUCUAUGACCCUGCGGGAUAUGCGGUGCAGCAACUUUUGAUUUAUGUACCAUUAGAUUCUGAGUCUGAUCAAAAUGCUAGUGCUAAUGCGGAUGGAAAUGGGAAUGAAGAUGGUUGCGAGGCAAAACUCCGGAAAUUGAAGACACUAUUUGACGUAAAAUCAAUUCAGCUUGAGCGUGAGGAGAAAGUAAGUGGGAUGAGACAGGGUGAAAUCAUUAUGCCUGCUUCCUCUACAGUAAAGUCUCCGGAAAUGCAGUAUGAGGGUCAAAAAUGUAGGGUCUGGAGUGUUUGGCUUACGUGGAUGUCGGCAAAGGAAAGGUAUCAUGAAGGUCGUGAUAAUGAGAAGAGCGGGGGAGUUGAAGAGGAGAAAGAAAGUCUUGCAGAGCAUAUUGAUUGGAAGAAGAUGGGGUUGCUUGGAUGGGGGGAACGAAAUUGGAUGUUUAGCAGCUUGGGGGAAUUUUUGGCGAAAGAUCAGGGAAGUUGUGGUGUCAUGUGAGGGGGAAGGCAUAAAGCGGCAAAAAGAAUCUGCUAACUUAUUAGUUUGUGGUUUUCAUUUUCCCAUGCAAAGUCAUCAUACAAUUUCACGCAAGUCUCAAAUGGAGUGAGCAACAUUAUGAAAAAGCUUUGCAAUAUUUGACACACGUCGAGUACAUUUAGGUCACUCAUAACCACAGCGUCGAAGCAAUAUUUC